AGACAACUCAACAUCAUUUUCGGGCUUGCGUCUCCCACAACCUCAAAACACAUCAUAUAAGUGGUUUACGGAAUUGUGAGGCCAUUGCCUAACCCUCCCCAUGCCUUCACACCUGCGCGGCUCCGUGGUUUAACUCGUUUCCCCCUUUUGAUAUUUACUGCACUGUUGUUUAGUUGAAUUCGCAUCUGAAAGAGCGACGGGCCGCGGCACAAAAUGGCUGGCGCUGGUGCAAGCCAGCUGUCCCCAAGAUGGAUGCCUUUCCUGAGUCUUCUAGCAGUCUUGUGCUUUCUGGCCACCCAAGGAUUGGCGGUCAAGGAGAAUGACUUCAAGAAAUGUAGCCAGUCUGGCUUCUGCAAAAGGAAUCGGGCCUACGCCGACAAUGCCAUUGCCUUAGGCCCCUCGUGGCAAGCCCCUUACAAGAUCUCCUCUGAGCUCGCUUCUUUCAAAGACGGCCAGUUCCAGGCCACGAUAUUAAAGACUAUCGAUGAGCAAGGAACUACCGUCCGACUUCCCCUCACCAUAUCCUUCCUGAAAUCAGGGACUGCACGUGUCACCGUUGACGAACAGAGGAGGCAAGAGAAGGACAUCGAGCUUAGACACAACAGCCAAAUUAGAAAAGAGAGGUACAAUGAGGCCGAGAAGUGGGCUAUCGUCGGGGGCUUGGAAGUCGACACGGAGGCUAAGGUCUCUCACCAGAGCGAGACUGGGAUCAAGAUCCUGUACGGUCCUAACCUCGCCUUCGAAGCUGACAUCAAAUACGAGCCGUACUCGAUCGAGUUCAAACGCGGUGGCGCGACCCACAUAAAACUGAAUGAUAGAGGUCUGAUGAACUUGGAGCAUUGGCGACCGAAGAUCGAGAAGCCGACUCCGGAGAAGAAGGAAGGAGAGGAGGGCCAAGAAGAGAAUAAGGAUGAGACCCCCGAGCCAGAUCCGACGGAGGAUGAAAGUACCUGGUGGGAGGAGAGCUUUGGGGGCAAUACAGACACCAAGCCUCGCGGCCCCGAGAGUGUUGCUCUCGAUAUCACGUUCUUUGGUUAUGAACACGUUUAUGGGAUUCCAGGACAUACCGGGCCCUUAUCGUUGAAGGAGACCCGUGGCGGCGAAGGCAACUACGCAGAGCCCUACAGGCUAUACAACUCUGACGUAUUUGAGUACAUAUUGGACAGCCCGAUGACGCUUUAUGGAGCGAUUCCCAUAAUUCAAGCGCAACGAAAGGACUCUACGGUCGGCGUCUUUUGGCUCAAUGGUGCCGAGACUUGGAUCGAUAUCACCAAGGCGAAGGAGACCAAGAACCCGCUGGCUCUGGGAGGCACAGAUAACAUCAACACUCGCACUCACUGGAUCUCGGAAACCGGUCAGAUGGACGUCUUCGUCUUCCUAGGCCCCACCCCUCACGAUAUCACCAAGAACUACGCCGAGCUGACGGGGACCACCGCCAUGCCUCAGGAAUUCUCGAUUGCAUAUCACCAAUGCCGAUGGAACUACGUCUCGGACGACGAUGUGAAAGAAGUCGACCGCAAAAUGGAUCGAUACAACAUCCCGUACGACGUGAUCUGGCUGGAUCUCGAAUAUACCGAUGACAGAAGAUACUUCACCUGGGACAGCAACAUGUUCAAAGACCCUAUCUCCAUGGGCAAGCAGUUAGACAACCACGGGCGCAAGCUGGUUACACUCAUCGACCCCCACAUCAAGAAUGUAGGAGGGUAUCAAAUCGCCGAUGAGCUCAAGUCCAAGGGUCUCGCCGUCAAGAACAAGGAUGGCAAAGAUUUCGACGGCUGGUGCUGGCCAGGUUCUUCGCAUUGGAUUGAUGCCUUCAACCCAGCCGCCGUGAAAUGGUGGUCAUCCCUGUUCAACUACGACAGAUUCAAGGGUACGAUGGAAAACACCUUCAUCUGGAAUGAUAUGAACGAGCCCUCUGUCUUCAACGGCCCGGAAGUCACCAUGCCCAAGGACAACAUCCACUACGGAAACUGGGAGCAUCGGGACCUCCACAAUAUAAAUGGGAUGACGUUCCAUGGCGCCACGUAUCAGGGUUUACUCUCUCGGAAGAAGGGCGAGCUGCGACGCCCAUUCGUGCUCACAAGGUCAUAUUUUGCUGGUUCGCAGCGUUUCGGCGCCAUGUGGACCGGCGACAACCAGGCAAGCUGGGAGCAUCUGGGAGCGGCGUUCCCGAUGAUUAUUUCCCACGGAGUCUCGGGCUUCCCUUUCUCGGGCGCCGAUGUCGGCGGCUUCUUCGGCAACCCGGAGCCGGAGCUGCUGACCCGCUGGUACCAAGCCGGCGCGUUCUAUCCUUUCUUCCGAGCGCACGCGCACAUAGACUCGCGACGCCGCGAGCCCUUCUUGCUCACAGAGCCGUAUCGAUCAAUCGUCACCUCGGCCCUGCGGCUCCGCUACAGCCUCCUGCCAGCCUGGUACACGGAAUUUUACCACGCCAACCAAGACGGCAGCCCGAUCCUCCGCCCCCUAUUUUGGACACACCCCAGCGAGGAAGCCGGGUUCGGAAUCGACGAUCAGUUCUUCGUCGGGUCCACCGGCCUACUCGUUAAGCCGGUCGUUGAGAAGGACAAGGCCACCGCCGACAUCUACAUUCCGGACGACGAGGUCUACUACGACUACUUCACCUAUAAGCGGCUCCCGACCGCGAAGGGCAAGCGCUUGGCCGUCGAGGCUCCCCUCGAGGCCAUCCCGCUGCUGCUACGCGGUGGACACAUCGUCCCGCGUCGCGACACCCCCCGCCGCUCCUCGCAGCUCAUGAAGUACGACGACUACACGCUGGUCGUGGCGGUCGGCAAGGACGACAAGGCGGAGGGGGAGCUGUACGCCGACGACGGCGACUCGUUCGACUACGAAAAGGGCCAGUACCUCCACCGCGUCUUCAAGCUCGAGGGCUCGACCCUCGCAUCGACCGACGCCGAGGGUCGCAACGCCAAGAGUCUGAAGGAAGGCGAGUGGCUGAAGCGCAUGCGCAGCGUCUUCGUCGACAAGGUCGUCAUCGUCGGCGCGCCUCCGGCUUGGUCCUCCAAGACGGAAGCACAGGUGGAGUCGGAAGGGAAGAAGUUCUCGGUGCCGCUUGAAUACCACCAGGCGGGUGGAGGGAAGACCGGGUUCGCGAUCCUGAAGCGGGUAGGCGUCAGGAUCGGGGCGGACUGGACCGCCGACUUUUCGUGA